UACAACCAGCGAAUCCUGGGUGAAACAGCCAUGAUUGAGCCCAACUUUACCACCAACUGCACCAUGGGUUCCUCACCGGGGUCUUUCAUCACACUUAAGGGUCAGUACCACUGUCACCAAGGACCUGGGAUCCCGUUGGACAAACUGUGUGACUUCAAUACAGACUGUCCAUUUGGGGAUGACGAGGGCGAGCGAUGCCGCCACUUUCUCAAUGGCAGCUACUGCUCUUUUGAAGAGGGCGAGUGCAGUUGGCAGUCGAUAACGGGCCACAGUGUCUCUUGGAGAAGACUGCAGUCUCCAGCCAAGACUACAAGACAGAGCUGCCCAUCCUCAGGUGCAACACUCAGUGUGGAAGGGAAAGGCCAAGGUCGUUCAGCAUCACUAAGGAGUCCUCUCUUUCCGCCGCCAUUAAGAAACUCCCCAUGCACGGUACGUUUCUGGGUAUGUUCUGGUGGAUUAAAGAAGGUCUCGCUGUCUUUGUGGCUCGUGGAGAACAGCACAGGCCCAGAGGAGCAGCGUCAACUGUGGCACCUAGCCAGUGAACCCCUUUCUGAGCGGGGCUGGAAACUCUUUACGGUUCCACUUUAUGGGCUGGCAGACUGGUUCUGGCUACUGUUCAGCACUGACGAUGGACCUGGACCUGGUUCAUCUAUCUCUCUUGACAACAUCUCUUUCAGUAUGAACUGCUUCCUGGCUUCAAAUGGAGAAUUUCCACCGGUGGCCAGCAGCACAACAAGGUUGGCCCUUGGACCACCAAUCACUACCACGCCUCCGUCCGUCGGGAUCCCACUGAUGAACUCCCACACCACUGAUUACUCCAAAAAGUGGAUUGUUCACACCUGUGGGGCUGCAGGACCUGAUGGUCCAACUCCCACCCAGUGCUCGAACUCCUACAGGAUCAGCAAAGUCAAUGUGACAGUGGGCACCCGGGGACCUCUCAAAGGCAUUCAAAUGUGGCCCGUCCCUGAAACUGGAACCUACAGGAUCACAGCCUACGGUGCAGCUGGCGGACGUAGUGUUAUGGCCAUCAGCAGGUCACAUGGCACGUACAUGAGCGGCGACUUUCUGCUGAGAAAAGGAGAGCUGAUCUACAUCCUGGUUGGACAAAAAGGAGAGGAUGCCUGCCCCAAUUCCAAAGCCACGCUGAAUAAGAUCUGCCUGGAACAAAGCAGCCCAAUUUUGAAUAAAAGUCAAGUAAAGGGUGGAGGCGGAGGUGGGGGCGGGGCUACAUAUGUGUUUAAGGUGGACAACGGGCUCCACGUACCCCUCAUCAUUGCUGCUGGUGGAGGCGGCCGAGGUUACAGCAGCCGAUCAGAGAGCCAGCUGGAACAGAUGGACUAUGAGCUCAGUCAACCGGGUCGCAAUGGGAAGUCACAUGCUGCAGGUGGAGGUGGAGGAUGGAAUGACGGCACUCCUGUCAGUCAGGGUGGCAGACCUCUGCUGCUGGGAGGGCAGGGAGGACAGGCCUGUCAAAAAUUCUGGCAGACGCGAGGCGGCUUUGGAGGGGGUGGCGGUGGAUGUAUGGCAGGAGGUGGUGGUGGAGGCUACAGAGGCGGUAACACCUCAUUAAACGACAACCCUAAACACGACGGUGAUGACGGUACUUCCCUCUUCGGUCCAGCAGGAGAGCCCUACCUCUACCCUCUCAAAGCAAUGGAGAGCGACGGAGAGGUGGUCAUCAGUCCAGUGCGGAACUGCAGUCACUGCGAGAGCCGCGAAUGCCACGAGAUAAAGGGAGACAUCGUCUGCUACUGUGACGAUGACCUCACCCUGGCACCAGAUGGCAUGUCCUGCAUCAACUCUACAGAGGUGUCCCUCCUGCCUUCCCAGCCGUCUGUGUCCCACUUGGCUCUGGGUCUUUCUGUCGGCACCUCAGCCCUUAUUGCCGCCCUGCUGCUGGCCGUGUCUGGAGUUAUGAUAAUGUACAGGCGUAAACACACAGAGCUGCAGUCCAUACAGUUGGAGCUACAAAGUCCAGAUUGCAAGCUCAGUAAACUGCGGGCCUCCACCAUCAUGACCGACUACAAUCCAAACUAUUGCUUCGCUGGUAAGACGGCCUCAGUCAAUGACCUAAAGGAAGUGCCAAGACGCAACAUUUCCCUUACCAGGGGUCUGGGUCAUGGUGCUUUCGGUGAAGUGUAUGAAGGUCUGGCUGUCGGGAUACCAGGAGAACCAAGUCCACUUCAUGUGGCAGUAAAGACUCUUCCUGAGGUUUGCUCAGAACAAGAUGAAUUGGACUUUCUUAUGGAGGCUCUAAUCAUCAGUAAGUUCAGCCACCAGAACAUUGUACGCUGUGUGGGGGUCAGCUUGCACGCGAUGCCCAGGUUCAUACUGCUAGAGCUGAUGACUGGAGGAGACCUUAAGACCUUCCUGAGGGAGAUGAGACCUCGACUGGAUCAACCUUCCAGCCUGUCCAUGGUUGACCUCCUGAAUGUAGCGAGAGACAUCGCUAAAGGCUGCCAGUAUCUGGAAGAGAACCAGUUUAUCCACAGGGACAUUGCGGCUCGUAAUUGCCUGUUGACGUGCAAAGGACAAGGCCGCGUGGCCAAGAUUGGAGAUUUUGGGAUGGCUCGCGACAUUUACAGGGCAAGCUAUUACAGGAAAGGUGGCCGUGCCAUGUUGCCAGUAAAGUGGAUGCCACCUGAAGCCUUCAUGGAGGGCAUCUUCACAUCAAAAACAGACACAUGGUCAUUUGGGGUUCUGCUGUGGGAGAUCUUCUCACUGGGCUACAUGCCUUAUCCAAGUCGCAGUAACCAAGAAGUGCUGGACUUUGUGACUAACGGUGGUAGAAUGGACCCACCCAAAAACUGCCCUGGGCCUGUGUAUCGUAUAAUGACUCAAAGUUGGCAGCACCAACCUGAGGACAGACCCAACUUUUCAACUAUCUUGGAGAGAAUCGACUACUGCUUGCAGGACCCGGAUGUGGUGACCAUGCCUUUGCCUAUCGAGUACGGGCCCCUCCUGGAGGAGGAGGAGUGUGUACCCGCACACCCUGAUGACCUCUUGGGCGCUACUGUUCUGGUGAAUGCUCAGGUGCCUGACGGGGGUCUCGCCCAGACGCCGCCAUCCUACGCCGCAGAGGAGCACGCAGCUGGGACAAGCGCAGCGUCCGAGGCCACAGCAAACACAGCCGCUCCGCCCCAGCUCUACCUCCUCCAGCACCAGCAACCUCACACGCAGACCUCCAUCACCAUGACGACCACUGUCACCUCCACAGCCGCCGCCACAGUCACCGCAGCGGGCCCGGAAGGGGGCCACGUCAACCCGGCCUUCACGCAGAGCCACCCGGCAGAGCCGGAGAACGGCAAGAGCAGCAGUCUUUGGAACCCCACCUACGGCUCUUGGUUCCUGCAGCAGCAGCAGAGGAAGCAGCAGCAGAGGCAGGGGGGGAUGGGCGGCGGCGCCGGCAGGGUGCCCGGUGAAGGGCAGGAGCAUGUGGGACGGACUGUGGCUGAGGUCGCCGGGUCUAUGGGUCUGCAGCAUAAGUUCCAACAUCAGCACCAGCUGCAGGUGCUGCACCAGCAGCAGCGGGGUCUCUGCAGACCCCUGUUAGUGCCCUCGUCCCCCGCCGCCCAGUCACCCCUACUUUUAGAUUCAGCUGCUUUGCCGCCGGGCCCCCUCUACAGACUGAGACGUUUCCCUUGCGGGAGCAUCGGCUUCGGCUACCAGGAGCAGGGCGUGUCAGUGGAGGCCAAUCCACCGCCGCCAUUUGCCUCCCAACAGGGGGCGUCAGCCGGCCACCAGAGAGCCCCCGCCCCCACCUCAGUGUCUCUGGGUCGAUCGGCGCUAUCAGAGGACAGCCGACCCCUCUUGGUCACCAUGGGAACAGUGCAGGACCCCCGCCUGCCCAGAAUGGAGGGGCACAACGCCACCGUGCUUUAGCCAACUUGCCUGCGCCACUUUUUCACCCCCCAAGACUUUUCACUGUGUCAGGAAGGACUUGAGCCCAUCCUAGCAUCUUUUUGGCCCUCAUUCCAUCACCUUUUUACUACAAAUGAACGUUAAAAGCACAUCAGACGGCGAAACAAAUUCAAAAGCUAGUUUUUGAGUGGAAGAAAUGUAUUUUUUCACCACGGAAGGGGAGCAUGUGACCUCAGAGGACGGACUUUAUAGCAGAGGUUUCACAGUUUUUGUGUGCGCUGACUGAUGGCUGCAGCAGCACUCAGAUGGACAAUAAUUCUGAUUUAAAUGGCUUUAGUUGGCCAACUUCACACUUGAUUCACAAACUCUGAUGACUGUGGAGACCAAUUUAAAAGUUGCUGCUGCCAGCCUCGUAUUUCAUUUCUAUUGCAGGACCCUCACCCUGUUCAUUACCCUCAUCCUUCGCCGGGAGGAGAAAAAAAAAAAAGCUUGGCAGGUAACUUCUACUUUCUAUAUGUUGGAUUUACACACACAAAAAAAAUGUGUUUGUUGAUGUUUGCUUGCCUGCGUGUUUAUUUAUUAAUUCCUUUAUUUAUUAUUUGGCUUUCUAAAUGAUCAACAUAGAAGCGGAAUUCUUUUUUGCAUCACCUGACUAUUGUUUGUUUGCUGUUUGAAAAGGUUAAACUAGGAAAAGGGGAGCAGACGCUAACAAAACUGUACAGGAGGUCCUCGCGCUCCAGGCGAGUUACGUUCCGAUGACUCCGUUGUAAGUCGAGUUUUAGUGUAAGUCGGAAUUUAUAUCGAAAUGUACUCUGCUUUGUAAGCUGCUUAGUCAUUAAUAAUAAUAAUGAGUGAGUGUAAGGCACACUCACUAGCUCUAUUGAGGUGUUUCAUAAUGGUGCCAUCUGCUGGAUUAAAAAAGUCACUACAUUUGAUCUGCUUUUUUUUUUUUUCAAACAAACAGCUGUGCAGAAAGGAAUAUAAAACGUGCAAAAUCGGUCCAUUACCAUUAAAUAAAUGAUAAAUGGGUUAUACUUGUAUAGCGCUUUUCUACCUUCAAGGUACUCAAAGCGCUUUGACAGUAUUUCCACAUUCACCCAUUCACACACUCAUUCACACACUGAUGGCGGGAGCUGCCA